AUGGAAUAUUUAGAAUUUAAAAGGUUAAUGUCUAAAAAGUUGGAAGUGGAUUUUGAAGGCAAUGUAACCUUUGAUGAUCUUCCAAUGAUAAUGUCUGCAUUUUCAACAAAAAUACCAUACAAUAAUUUCCAUUUGUUGGAAAAUCAACAACACCAUCCAAGAAUUUCAAAACAAGAUUUAAUUGAAAAAGUAUUGGUUCAAGGUACUGGUGGAUUAAGCUAUCAUUUGAACGGUUUAAUGUAUCACUUUUUAAAAGAUUCUGGAUUUAAUGUGAAAUUGGUGACUUGCAAAUUAAAAAUAUUAAAAAGUUGGACUAAACAUUUGGUUCAUAUUUCUGUCAUUCUCAUAUACGAGGGUAAACAAUACCUGAUUGAAGUUGGUACUGGUUCACAUGUACCACAAUUACCAAUACCAUUAUACGAUACACCAAAACAAGCUGAAACACAUGGAAUCGAAGAAAAUAGUUUGGGUAUUAAUGGAACCUCUCUAGAUGAAAUUACCAACAAGGUAUUGGUUCAAGGUACUGGUGGUCUAAGUUAUCAUCUCAAUGGCUUGAUGUACUACUUUUUAAAAGACUCUGGAUUCAAUGUGAAUUUGGUUACUUGUAAAUUAAAAAUAUUAAAAGAAUGGACAAAAGAGAGUGUCCAUUUAUCGAUCAUUCUAAACAACCGUGGUAAACAAUUUAUGAUAGAAGUUGGUACCGGUUCACAUGUACCACAGCAACCAGUCAUUUUGACUGUAGACCAAGAGGAAGCAGAAUCAAUUGGUACCGUAGAGAAUAGUUUGGGUGUCAAGUAUUGUUUUCUUGGAAAGAGCAGCCAUCAUGAUGGUCUACCCUAUGUAUUGAAAAUUAAAAAGCCAGGUGUCAUGAAUGAUUGGGAGCCAUUACUUUCAACUGACCUUGUCGUUAAACCAGAUGCAGACAGAGAGAUUGCAAUAUCUCACCAACAUGCACUUCAACUAGUAGCCAAUGCUCACUUUUGUACCAAAGUAUCAAGUCCAACACACCAAGGUGAAGUUGAGCAAACCUGCUCCUAUCUAUCAGGUGUCAAUAAUACUUUUGUCAUUGACAAUUUUAAAAAAGGAAGAGUUAAAAGAGAAAAUAAUAUUAAAUUUAGAGAUCCUAGAUUCAAUGAAAUAGUAAACAAGUAUAUGGAAUAUGGUAAUCGAUUGUCAUAA